AUGUCUGAGCCCAAUAUUCGUGCAUCGUUUGCAGAUAACCGCCGUCCACUCUCCAAAACAAAGGGACAACUGCUUAAAAUGCCGCCGGUGAUCACAUCCGCGCUGUAUACGGCAUUCCCGUUUAUCUACAUACUGGAUAAGGUACUUGCCUUUUUGACCUGGACAAACGAUGAUCCUUAUACCAAUUUUAUUGUCAUUGCAAUAUACAUCACGGUGGUCAAGUACUGGACGGUAGUGGCGUGCACUGUAUUGCCGACGAUCAUAGCUUUGGGCACAUGUGCUAUGCUGUGGUUCCUUAAGACCACCAUCGAGGACUUGCGGUCGGAGGCGGCUCCUCCCACAAUCGAGGAAAUUAUCGACACGCUUAUCAACAUGCAGGCACGGUUUAGCUACUUUGUAGAACCGUUCAGCUAUUUCGGGUCCUUGUCCGGUUCGGACUAUUUCAACAUAGGAUUUAGCCUUAUUGCUAUCACCCCUUGCUACAUCUGGCUAAUGACCCGAAUUUUCACAGUCAGAUCAUUUUUGCUUGUCUUUGGCGUCAUAUGGCUGUCCUUCCACUCGUCUUGGUCAGUUGCAACCCGACAUCUGCUGUGGAGAAGCAUCGUGAUUCGGAAAAUCCUUACAUUUGCGACUGGUCUUAAAUUCUCGUUAGUCGAUAAAAACAUUGAACUGACUGUGCUGAAUGACUUCCAAAUUUCAAAUGUAGGCACAGGAAAGAUUGUUGAAAUCCAUAUCCUCCAAAAUCAGCGAAGGUGGCUCGGAGUCGGUUGGUCCAACACCCUGCUUCCCUUCGAACGCGGACCUUUCACCACUGAGAAUUUAGAGAAGUCGUGGAACUCUCUUGAAAGCUUCCAACUCCGAGAGAUCACACAGGCAGCCUGCCGGUGGAGAUGGCUGGACGCGAAUUGGAAAACAGAUAACUCUUUUGCCCCAGGCGAGGGCUGGAUCUAUUACAACAACAGUUGGAAAGACCCCUCAACCAAAGACUCGCUCACCAGUUUCACACGCACCAAACGCUGGAUAAGGCGCGCACUUGUCAUCGUCGAGGACGACGAAACCGCCUAG